ACUACCCCUGCACAGCAUUGACUUGGAUUCCACACAUAUUAUCUCACAUUACUUCGAAGAACUUCGAGGUUAUGUCAGUUGUGCUGGCGCUUCGGGCGGACCAAACAGCCCAAGACCUGGGCGAGAUGCUGACAAAGAUGGAGGAGGACGGCGUCUUGACACAGCUGGACAAAAUACUGCAGGAGAAGCACUUGUCCGGCACUGUCGCACUGCGCGGCGUCUGUCUAGGCUUUGACGACGAUGGCGUUGCUUGGCGCUUUGGCAAAACACCUGUCGGGACGGUUUCAACACUCGGAGAGCAAUACGAUCGUUGGGAUGAACUUGUCAGGCGGAAGAUGCCACACUCCAACCGGCGAGGUCUGUUGACCACCGUCCAUAAUGCCCAUGAACACAUCAUCUGGAGACGGAAAAUGAAACGAUACGAUAUCAAAGCAGUUGAACAGAAGAAUGUUACUGGAGAGGAGGUCCAGGGUCAAGAUGACGAGACUCAUCAAGGCGGCAUGGAUUGACGUCCUUGCGACGCUGCAUCCUGGCCGAUACUAUUGCAUGCAGUGCCGUACAGAAGCGUCAUCAUUAACGCUGUUCUGCUCGCUCGCUCUGCGAUGAUAGUCAACCAGAUGCAGGUAUGAAGCACGCCCGUGACACGGGUUGAGAAAGUUGAGAUAUUACUGGCGGGCGGACAGCAUUGCACUCACAAUUACAUGUAACACAUGGUCAUUGUUAGGAAUUAGGGUUCACGAACGACGAUUUUGAUAUGUUGUAUCCGAAAUCCAUUGUUAGAGAGGGAGCCCCCAAUUAUGCA